AUGGCAGCUGGAAACGUUACAUACCUGCACUAUACGACAAAUAUUAAAAAUUCGUCGAACCCACGAAUAAUUUUAUUAUUCAGCGGUAAAAGGAAAUCGGGAAAAGAUUAUAUAACGAAUAUGUUGCAAGAAAGAAUUGGGUCUGAUAAUAGUGUCAUUAUUAAAUUGUCGGGACCGAUCAAAUCUUAUUGGGCUAAAUCUUUGAACCUCGACAUUGAUGAACUGUUAGGAGAUGGAGAGUAUAAAGAAAAUUAUCGCCUUGAAAUGGCUAAAUGGGGAGAAAGCAUUAGACAGACAGAUUAUGGGUACUUUUGUCGUGCAGCCAUAGAUAUGUAUAAUGCACGCGACAAACCGAUAUGGAUAGUAAGUGAUGUACGAAGAAAAACCGACGUACAAUGGUUUUUGGAAAAUUUUCAAGAUGUAUGUAAAACAAUUCGUAUUGUAUCGGAUGAUGCUGUAAGGAAAAAACGUGGAUGGCUUCCUGUUCCAGACAUCGAUGACUCAGAAACUGAAUGUGAUUUAGACGAUCGAACUACAUGGGACUUGAAAGUGAUUAAUAACGGCGAUGAUAUCGAAUACGUAUUAGAACAGGUACUAACAUUAAUUACCUAGCAAAAGUUAAAGUG